UCAGCACAAAAGCCAGGCAGGCAGGCAGGCAGGCAGCCUCUGUCUGUCCCUCCUCUCUCCCUCCCUCCGUCCCUCCUUUCUCGCCGCCGCGCCUUGCACUCGCUCCAGCUUCCCCUGCUGACAUCACUCGGCGCGCAGGAGUCGAGACGAGACGAGCGAGGAGGGCAGAGCGAGAGCGAAAGCAGCCGGAGCUGGAGGGUGGGGUGGCCGCCCGGGCAGGAGAGCCUCGCCAACCAGCGCCAAAGGAGUCGCCGCUCGACAGCCGCGGCGUGUCCCGGCCAGAGAGAGAAGGGCCGGCCGGCGGUGCCCAAGGAGACCGAGCCUCCUCCGGCGCUUUCCACCUCUCGCCGCGGAGAUGGCAGAAUACAGCAGUCUGCUGAAAGAGCUGGCUGAGAACAUCACCAACGAAGACCUGGACCAGCUGAAGUCAGCCUGCAAGGAGGACAUCCCCAGCGAGAAGAACGAGGAAAUCACCACUACCAAGGACUGGUUCAGCUUCCUUGAAAAGCACAAGAAACUAGACAAAGACAACCUCUCCUACAUCGAGCACAUCUUUGAGAUCUCGCGCCGCCCUGACUUGCUCACCAUGGUGGUUGAGUACCGCACCCAAGUGCUGAAGAUCUCUGAGGAGGAUGAAGUGGACACAAAGCUGACCCGGAUCCCCAGUGCCAAGAAAUACAAAGACAUAAUCCGGCAGCCCUCUGAAGAAGAGAUCAUCAAAUUGGCUCCACCACCCAAAAAAGCUUAAAAGUAGGGGGGGGAGGAGGAGGGGAACAGUCGGGAGGAGGGCGAUGGUCGCGCACCUUUCCUGCCCUGUGUCCUGUACAGCUUCAGCUGCCCGCUCUCUCCUCCUCCUCCUCAGAGGGUGCCCUUCCCUUUCUCUGUCACGAUCCAUGUCUCUUGUGCGAGGGUGGGGUUGGGGAGCAGCCUUGGCCACGAAGGGAGUCUUAAUCUGCCCCACUCCCCCCAGAUACUCUUCACUUGCCCCACAUUGUCGCUGACAGGUACGGAGCAGCCCUCUCAGAGGGCUGCAGACACCUGCCCAGGAUGGGUGGGUUGGUGGCCAGGAGGCUGGAAGACUGUUGCUACGCAAACAUGGGUUCCACCCCCACGCACCCACAGGGAAGGGGCAGACCCCCCCCAAAUUGAACACUCCCAAAAUCAAAAGCCUUGAACUUUUGCUGUUGUUGUUAAGCAAGAGGUGAGGAUGAGCCAGUGAAGUUGGAUAGAAGGAGAUGAAAGCAAGUUGGUGGGUUUUCAAAAGUGGCACUGGGAGCCCUCCCCACUUCUGGGGUGGAGCUGGCCUCAAUGAAGGCUGCAGUUUGCAGGGGAGAGAAGAGGGGCACGUACGCACUUGGAGGAGUAGACGGCUGAGGGAGCGUUUGCCCCUCUGCUGCAAGCAAUAGGGUUGUGAUGGUGGGGAGGCUGCGGGGAGGAACUCAGCCCAGGUGUCAGGAGAGAAAAGAAUCCUGGCAAGCAAAGGUCUCCUCAGCUGGCAGCAGUGAGAAAGGGGUGCCUCAGGAGUGCAGUGUGAACAUCACACCCUUUUGCUGAGAUGUGCAGGGGCGGGGGGGCGCAGGCUGCAGGCUGUCACUCCUAGGAGCAGGACAGGAGGGCUUGCCAGCCUUCAGUCACCCCGAUGACUCUGUUGCCGCUGAGCCAUGCUCCUCGCAGUCCCCUCCCUCCCGCCUCUGGCCUGCACCGUCUCCCUUCCAGGUGGUCAUUCUGACUGCACCGUGUUGCUCCUGUAGCUGCCCGAGAGACCUUCCUCCCACCCCCACUCCCUGGGCAAUAGUCAGUGGCUUCUGGUGUCACUGCAGGCUCUUAAGAAUUUCCUGACACCCCCUCCCCAAAAAGUGUGUGUGCACGCGUGCAAGCACACGGGGAGCUGGGAAUUUGUACAUCCCAGGCAGUGGGAGAUGCUCUUCUCUUCAGCCGUGCAAACUGCAAAUAGAUAUUUUAGCUGGACCAGCCGUUCUGAAAGGGUUGGGCCCAACUGGAUGCACAGCAAAAUGGGGAGGGGGCAUAUCCCUUCUCCCCAAGAGUGUUGGUUUUGAACAGAUGGAGGGCUGGGGAGCACCACUGCAGGGUGGUGGGAGAACGUAUCUGAGCGUGGAGGGGGUCAAGCAGAGGGCAGGCGCUGGGUGGGUGCAGCUGAAGAGAGGUGGAUUGAGAACAAAACCUUGUUGCAAAGGCCGUUUGAUUCAGGGGGGUCUCCUCCUUCCCCGUCACUUCUGCUAACACCGGGGGGAGGGAGGGGGGAGGAGUGCCAAUUGAUUCCCACUGGUCUGCCAGCCUACGUGCCCACCCGCGGUCAACUUUGUGCCUUUCCUCUGUGUCGUUUGUACCGCCGUCGCCUCUCCUUCGACUUGCUCCGUUGGUGCCUCUGCCUUCCCUGUUGUCGCCAGAAACGCUGACCCUCCUCUUCUCCCAUUGACUCUUCUUCCUCAGGGGGCUGACAUGGUGCCACUUCUGCCCCUGCUUAGCCACGCGCACCCCACCCCCCACUGGACAUUUCCACACGGGCACCAUGGUUCAUUGACCGUGUGGGCUGCCGCCUUCCAUCAUUGGGGUAAGGUGUGUCCAGCCAGCUCUCAAUGCUUUACGUUUGUUGGGGGCUUGCCGUGAUUUCCUAUUCAGCUGGUGGACCACCUUGCUGUGCCCAGUGGCGGCAUUAGCACUCAGUUCCAUGCCAUAUUUGGGGGUGGGUGGGUGGAUAGGCAGAUGGGGGCACCUGUGUCCCCUUCUGUCCAGCCGGCAGGGGCUGUCCCUUGCCCCCUAUUCUUGACGCGCCCAUUGGCAUCAACACCAUCCAUGGGGGUAGGACUUUGUGACUUCCUGUGGAAGUGCCUGCCUCCCACGCCCCCACCCAGGAUGCAGAACCCAGCAUGGAGACAGGACUCACUCUUACAACACCCAGAUUUCAACGUGGAUGGCUUUAACGUGACGCGUUGAUGCCCCAAUGAUGCCGCGGCUAUCAGCACCCCACAGAGACUGCUGUAGCCUGCGCCAUGCCCGGACCUGAGGCUGCUUCAUAUGUUACAAGGCCAGCCAGGCCCCCUUCCAUCACCCUCUUCAAACCGUAGAGACAUGCAUGUCUUGAGUAAACCAGGGAACCCCUGACAGGGGCCUGUUUACACUUAGAGAGCGAUACACGUUGCCUCCCUCUGUGGCCCACGGGGGCUAAGGAGCCGCCUCUCUGUAGAAAAGCAGGACAGAAAUUGUUUAAAUAAAUAAAUCCACAAUCCUCUCUCCACACACAGUUUAUUUCCUCUGUGCAAGGUGCUGCAGAUGGAGUUAUAUGUAGACGGUCCCACUGUCCCAAAUGGCUGCUUUUUGGGGGGUGAGUGGAGGAGGCACAUGACUGUUUCUGGAUGCCUAACGCUGUGAGUCUGGCUGUUACGUCUGUCUCUGCCGCAGCUUCCCUUGCACAUUAGACUAACGGCACCUGUUCUGGUGGGGGGGGGGUGGAAAGAGAGAGAGAGAAAGCUUCUAGUUUUUUUUUAAAAAAACCCACCAAACAGUAGAACUCAUUUCUAUUGCAUCAGACUGCAAAAGAAAUUUGCUGUUUUAAUAUAUAUAUAUAUAUAAUUUAAUUAAUGCUGGAAUCUGCGCUGUCCAUCUUGGUUUUGUUAGACAGGUAUUUCUUCUCCUCUUCCCCCCCCCUUGCAGUAGUGUGGUGUUCUUUUGUUAUGUAUCAGCAGCUGGGCUAGGUCUGUGUUUCUUUCUGAUGAGGCAUCUCGUUGAGGUCUGUACCCCCCUCCCCCCUAAAUGCUUUCCUCCUCUCUGCCCCUCCCCAAUUUUCUCAGAACCUCCAUCUGCCACACGCAGCCCGGGCCUUGCCUUGCAAGGAUUCAGUCCCCCUGGGUCAGCAUCUUGGCUGCACUGGAAGCUCUUGCCCCACCUUGACUGGGGACCAAGGAGAUUCGCCCGGCAGCACGUCUGGAUACAAAACUCUGUGUGCCGUGACUGUUCGGAAGUCCAGAGAGCUGACAGAAAUGGCUGUGUGCUUGGGGGUGUGUGGGGGAUGUCAACAACACAAUGCUCCGGUUCCAAGUUGACUAGGCUACAGUCCCUACAACCAGGUUCAAGAGUAGUCAUCCCCCUAUUCAGCACAGAGGAGCUUAAGAGUAAACAGGCACAGAAUGGCAUAGCAAAGAAAUCUGAACAGAUUGACUUCCUUCUUUCUGAACUGGAAAUGCAGCGAGCCAGAGUUUGAAGGGCGUGGGGCAGCGCCAAGGACUACAGUGCACCCAGCUGGGUUCUAACCACUGCAUAAAAUUCUUCUGGAUGGGGUCAAGCCUGAUCAAGUGGCCCAUACAGAGCAUGAAACAAGAGCCGAGGCCUGCUGCUGUAGCCAUGCACACACAGCCAUUCACUGGGAAGGAAGCAUCUUGCACCUGGGGGAAGUCCGUGGGGUGCAGCAGGGAGCAGCAAAACAAGACACUGCUUGCUCUCAACUGAGUGGCCAGGGCCGUGAAGGGAUCUGGGCCCACAGGGCAGCAACCUCCACCAGACUUCUGUUGGCUCCAAGGUGCUCUCUAAAGGACCCUCUUUCUAAUGCCUGAAAGCAAUCUUAACAGGUAGAAGAGCUUCAGCAAAUGCCGCAGGUGCCAAGAACUGCACAAAGCCCCCACAGGGAGAGAGAAAGGGGUCGGUGGAUGGGCUGUUGCUGCCUUUGGCAGCCCCUUCCUCCCCUUCCAAGUUCUUGGUAGUAGCAGAAUCCAGCCCUGGGGAAGCCACUGGCCUCGCUCACCACUGCCCUCCCUCCCCGACUGCUUUCUGCCAGUCCAAACCCUCACUGCCACUUCUUGUUCCACAAGGCCCAAAGCAAAACCAAGGCAUCAGUCACCCAGGGACUGAGACAGAAGGCUGAUCAUUAUUUCAACUGGCCUUAAAAGUAUUCUUCUCUCUUCUGAUGUUUACAGCUGAACAGUUGGUGGUGAUGUCACUGCAAAUUAGCAAAUUGGCACAGGGUAAAAAUAGUGUCAGAAAGGAAAGUGGGGGGGGGGAGGCUGGAAUUUGAAGCGAACAAACAACUCGGAACGAAAUGAAUAGCAAAGCAGCCGAUGGGGAGCAUCUCAGACUCGCAGGGCGUGUAAAACCCUUUUUGCUGUGGGUUCACAGCUUAUGUGCAGUCACUGAGUCUAAAUCCGCAGCAAGCCUGAUGAGACAUGUCCAGACAGAAGCUCCCAAUUAACCUAUUGGCUGAUAGGUCAGGGCUGGGGAACAUCUCUGGGCCUCCAGAUGUUGCCAGACUCCAGCUCCUAUCAUCCCUGACCAUUGGACAUGCUGGCUCCUACAGCUGCUUGAGAAUCCAACAACACCUGGAAGGCCAUAGAUGUUCCCCUGCCCUGCAGGAGGUGAAUAGUCUGUGGCAAGUAGCAGGCAGGAGGGGCUGUAUGCUGCUGCUGCAGCAUUGCAAAGGCGCACCUUUUGGAUCACGCUGCAUGCUUCAUUGGGGCCACAAUGUACAACAGACACAUACCCCUGCAGUCGUUCAGGCUGCUUGUGCUGACGGGCUGGCCUGUGCUGAGCCUCACAAUAAAUGGCCAUGCCCACCACGUGACUCGCCCCUGUUCAAAAAUUCAACAAGUAUCAGAACUCUGGACAUGGCAUCAGACUUUUUGCUGCUGGAGACAAGCCACCACCACCAAAUCCCAGACAGGUGCAGGCUGCCCUGAGCAAGGCACUCUUAGGAAUCCAUUUACACGCUCCAGUGGCGAGCACAGCUGAUGAAACUGGUGGAUCAGGUCUAUCUAGCUCAGUAUUGUCUUCACUGACUGGCAGGGGCUUUCCAGGAUUUCAGACGGGACAUCCCCAGUCCUACCUGGAGAUUCCAGGGGUUGAUGCUGGGGCCUUCUGCAUGCAAAGCAGGUGCUCCACCACCGACCUAUGGAUAGCAAGACUCUGUGCUGCUUAAACGUGACAAGCCUCUUUAUAAAACAAAGAACAAAGCAGAUUUCAACAUAUGCUACAAUUAACUCUGCCACAAAACUUCCUUACCCCAAUAUGAGCACAAAACGGCAAUUUCUGAGCAACAUAAGUAUUACCAACAGAACCACUUUUACCAUCCCUGUUUCAAAAUGGCAUCACAUGGUCAGUUUUCGGUGCAUUAAUACACUUGGCCCUCUUAGGCCUUUAGAAAUGGGGCAUGUUGAAAGGGAAGCAAGUUUUUAAAAGACUAGGUCCUAGACAACUUUCCUUGCUUCUGGUUUUCCCAGAUUUCAGCAUAUUAUUAUCCAACGUCAGUAUAAAAGGUCCUUUUGGUAAACAGAUCCUCAGUUUAAGUUCAGAUGUGUGAAUUGUGGGCUGUUGUGGUUGGACAGCCAAAAGAGGGAAACACAUCACGGCACAAAUCCUGUCCCUUCUCUCUGCCAGCUCUCUGCCCUUUCUCCCUCCCUCCAGCUCCUCCCAAUCCCCAAUGCUCAGACCGUGCUAACUGUGUGUACAUAUAUAUUAUAAAUAUAUGUAUAUUAAAUAUAAUAUUAAGUGUUUUAGUGUUAACUUAUUCUCUUUUUUUGUCAUGUGGACCAAAAAAAAAAAGGCAAACAGGAAAUGUAACAAAGUAUCACAAUUUUUGAUUAAAGAAGUAUUUUUUAAAAUUACAAAACCGCAUACGUCAGUAUAGCAAGUAGCGGAUUGCUGAUUAUAGAACUAGCUGUACACAAUUUAGUUAAGCCUACACACGCACCCCUCCCAACAGAGACACAACAGAGUACCUUGAAGGGUUGUUGUGAGGAUCAAUGGAAAAAGUCUAGACAAAAAAGCAGUCCCAUCCUGUAUUCACCACAAGUGAGUGGGGAGGUUCAAGGCCUAUGGGAAACACUUACUGCCUGCCCCCCAUCCCACAAGCAAAUUAACUUGGUUGUUGCAAGGGGGGGUUACUUCUGGGCUAUCCCCCGAGAAUGAAGGAUGUCCCAGUUGAAUCUCAGGAUCAUGCUGUACUAUUAUGCCACUUAAUUUAUUUUCUUUGCCUCAGUCAACAAGCCUUCCCUCUCCCCCCACCCCACCUCAGCCAUGCAGGCGAGAUGCAGAGCCUACCUUAAAUCUGUUCCAGCCUGUCACUCAUUUCUCCCUCUUUCCAAAUGGAACCAAACACUGCUAGCUUAAAUAGUCAUAAACGUACAUUCAAAAACAAAGACAGCAGCCAUCAGGAUUGCUGAUUCCAAGCAGGAGUCGUGUCCUGAAUAAAUAUUGGCUGGCUACGUGUCCCCGCUGAAAUCAGUGGGUGCAGCCAUGCUGGACUGUGGGCACUAUGCAGACCCAAAGUCCCUGGUGCUUUUUUCCAAGCAAAUGGGUUGUGUCAGGUGCCAGUUAUGGAUAGCAAAGUGCCGCUCUCUGCCCUGCAGAAGCAAGCAGCUCUUCAGUAGAGCGCAGGCCCUGCCUGGAAUCGAGAGGCUGGCUUAGGCUGCCUGCAACCCACCCACCGAAGUGAACAGGAGGGGGUCUCUGCAGCUCCCACUGCCAGCUCUUGAGCUUGCACCCAAAUUUGUAUCCUUCUCAAAGUGGAUUUUAUUAGCACUUGUCGUGCUCGUUCCUACCCUCUUCUUUAAGUAGUUAAUUUCAUUUUUUUUAAAUGUUUCUUUAAUCAAAAUGUGUCAAAACUAGAAAGCAAUUUCUUAGGAUUCAGUAAAACAAAUGGAAGUUGUCUCCUGCUUUGCUUACUCUCCCCCCCCCCCCAUUUUCACUCCAAAAUGUAAUGAAAAGUCAUUGUGCUGAUAAUGGAAAUAAAAGUCAAAAGGUAUUGUGUACAAA